CUGACCCUGGUGGCGCGCUUCAAAGACAGCCAGAGCAUCAGAGUUAGUCUUUGGGACCCCGAGCGGGUGUGGCCCGCGGCCUGCUUCAGUUCUCAUCGCGCUUUAUAAGCAAAGCCUGGGUGCGGUGCUGGAGGCAGCAUGAAGUGUGUGGUGACAGGCAGCAACGUGAAGGUGCUGGGCAAGGCCGUCCACUCCCUGUCCCGCAUUGGGGACGAGCUCUACCUGGAACCGUUGGAUGAUGGGCUCUCCCUCCGGACAGUGAACUCUUCCCGCUCUGCCUACGCCUGCUUCCUCUUUGCCCCGCUCUUCUUCCAGCAGUACCAGCCCACCACCCCUGGGCAGGACCUGCUGCGUUGCAAGAUCCUGAUGAAGUCCUUCCUGUCCAUCUUCCGCUCUCUGGCGAUGCUGGAGAAGACAGUGGAAAAAUGCUACAUCUCUCUUAAUGACAGGAGCAGCUGCUUAGUGGUCCAGCUGCACUACAAGUAUGGAGUGAAGAAGACUCACAACCUGUCCUUCCAGGACUGUGAAUCCCUGCAGGCAGUCUUCAGUCCAGCUUCGUGCCCUCACGUGCUCCGCGCCCCUGCACGGAUCCUGGGAGAGGCUGUUCUACCCUUUCCCCUAGCACUGGCUGAAGUGACACUGGGCAUUGGCCGUGGCCGCCGGGUCAUUCUGCGCAGCUACCAGGAGAAGGAAGAGGCAGAUAGCACCACUAAGGCCAUGGUGACUGAGAUGAGCAUCGGGGAGGAGGAUUUCCAACAGUUGCAGGCCCCAGAAGGAGUGGCCAUUACUUUCUGCCUCAAGGAAUUCCGGGGGCUCCUGAGCUUUGCGGAGUCAGCAAACUUACCUCUUACCAUUCACUUUGAUGCUCCAGGCAGGCCAGCCAUCUUCACCAUUGAGGAUUCUCUGCUGGAUGGCCACUUUGUCCUAGCAACACUCUUAGAGCUGGAUAUACAUUCACAGGACCAGAGCUCCUCAGAGCCCCACCAGCAGGCUCGCAGCACAGCCCACCAGGAUAAUUUUGCCAGUGAUGACAUUGACUCGUACAUGAUUGCCAUGGAAACCACUGUAGGAAGUGAGGGCUCACGGGCACUGCCUUCUGUUUCCCUUACACCUGGCCCCCAGCACCACUCUAACCCUGGCCCUGACUCAGAGGAAGACGAGGAUGAAGCUGAGCCCAGUCCAGUGCCUGGGACUCCCCCACCCAAGAAGUUCCGCUCGCUGUUCUUUGGCUCCAUUUUAGCUCCCCCACACUCUCCCCAGGGCCCAAACCCUGUACUGGCUGAAGACAGUGAUGGUGAAGGCUGAAGAAUGAACCUGAAGUCUGUGUCCUAAGGCCAUGGACUAGAAGUCUCAGUGUGGCAGGGCUGGGUCUCAGUGCUGGGGUAGCAGUGAGAAAGGGGCUGUACUGGACCUUACAGCUGGCAGUUCUACUUCCCAAAAAGGCUCCGCCUGUCUGGCUGCACUUAGCCUGGGUCCUCUCUCUCACACACACAUACCCUUCCUACAGUCAUGUACCUUAUGUGCUUGGUCUGGGCCCUGUCACUUACACACCCACACACACCCCUUCUGGCAAUCAGUCUUUUGGGCCUUGUGUAAAGACUGCCACCUGAUAAAGGGUACCUCACCUUUAUUUAUGGUAGAGCCUCCAACUAUCUGACUGGAGCCAAAAGCCCAUCAUCCUUAGGCUUACCUCUCUAAAGAAAAAAAAUCAUAGUGGAGCUGUAAUCACUGCCAGUCCACCUUCUCUACUCAUGAACCAUCUCUCCAAGCAUUGCCCACACAUUUGGAACCCUCAACAGCGGGCAGUCUUUGCUUGCUUUGCCAAUACUCUUUGGCUCUGUCUUGGAUACAUACAUGCAUGCCUGGG